CACCAUUAUAAGGCUUACACUCUUGUGGAAUCCUUCCUACUCUCUCUCUCUCUCUCUCUCUCUCUCGUCAUUGGCUACGGCAAGUUUCUCGUGCAGAUCUUGAGCCACUAGCAGAACGACGCCGGCAGGCUCAGUCUGCAUCGGAGAAAUGAGGUCUCGGCGCUUCGCUUCCACUGGAUCCGUCGCCGACCUUACUGUCAUUGCCGUCUUGGUUCUCUUUCUACUUUCCAGCUUCAGUUUCACUUCAACAGAAGCCUAUGAUGCACUUGAUCCCAACGGGAACAUCACAAUCAAGUGGGAUGUAAUGAGCUGGACUCCAGAUGGCUAUGUUGCUGUUGUUACAAUGUACAACUUCCAGCAAUACCGCCAUAUUCAAGCUCCAGGUUGGACAUUAGGGUGGACAUGGGCAAAGAAAGAGGUCAUCUGGAGCAUGAUGGGAAGCCAAACAACCGAACAGGGUGACUGCUCAAGAUUCAAAGGAAAUACUCCUCAUUGCUGCAAGAAAGAUCCAACUGUUGUGGAUUUAUUGCCAGGAACACCUUACAAUCAGCAGAUUGCAAAUUGUUGCAAAGGUGGAGUGAUAAACUCAUGGGCCCAAGACCCAGCCAAUGCAGCAAGUUCAUUUCAAGUCAGUGUUGGUUCUGCAGGAACAAGUAACAAAACUGUCAAACUCCCUAAAAACUUCACGCUUAAAGCACCAGGACCUGGAUAUACUUGUGGGCCAGCAAAGAUUGUGAGGCCAACCAAAUUUGUUUCUGGAGACAAAAGAAGAGUAACUCAAGCUUUGAUGACUUGGAACGUUACAUGCACCUAUUCUCAAUUCCUUGCUCAGAAGACACCUACUUGUUGUGUUUCCCUCUCUUCCUUCUACAAUGAUACUAUAGUCAACUGCCCAACCUGCACUUGUGGAUGUCAAAAUAACACGGCGGGUUCUGGGAGCUGUGUGGAUCCAGAUUCUCCCUUUUUGGCUUCAGUUGUAUCAGCUCCUGAUAAAUCGGGCAACAAUCCACCCUUGGUCCAGUGUACCAGCCACAUGUGCCCUAUUCGUGUCCAUUGGCACGUGAAGCUGAAUUACAAGGAUUACUGGAGAGUGAAGAUCACAAUCACAAAUUUCAAUUACCGAAUGAACUACACUCUCUGGAAUCUGGUGGUGCAGCAUCCCAAUUUUGAUAAUAUCACUAAAUUAUUCAGCUUUAACUAUAAGUCGUUGAGCCCAUAUGGUGACCUAAAUGAUACCGCGAUGUUAUGGGGAGUUAAGUUCUACAACGAUCUGCUCAAUCAAGCUGGUCCUCUUGGUAAUGUGCAGUCUGAGCUUCUAUUUCAAAAAGACCAGAACACUUUCACUUUCGACAAGGGUUGGGCUUUCCCAAGAAGAGUUUAUUUCAAUGGUGAUAACUGUGUGAUGCCACCUCCAGAGGCCUAUCCUUACUUGCCAAAUGCCAGUUCCAGACCAGCUAUAUCUCUACUUGUGACCAUCUUAAUAUCUUUGGCAUUACUGUUGAAUUUUGCACAAUAAGUCACGCCUACGGGGACAACAAACACUAUUAGUUGCUCUACCACUCUAGAUUUCCCACGAGCUUUUGGCAAUCUGGUCAAUGAUGUUGAAUUUACUGAUGCUUAAAUCAAAGGCAAUAUGAGCUUGUUCCUAUUCGUGGAUGGGUUAUUUAACUCAACCUCAUUCUUGUGUAGUUUUGGAGCGAAUUGUGUUGUACAAAUAGUUACAUUAUACGUUCAAUCAUUUUAUUGUAUAAUGAUUAAAAAGUAUUUGUCGCUCUCAGUGUAAUAACUUAUGAAACAGUUCAAUUUUUCCACAGAAUGCCUGUUUUCUGCAUAGUUUAUUUGUUAUUAAAGUUGAUACAUGAUGGAA